CGUAGCUAUCAAAUUUAAUGUCGGUGAUUUCAUUUUUUUUCUCGCGCUUAAAAAUUGUCCGUAAAUUAAGAUUAUGUAAAAUUUCACACGUAAAGGAUAUCUUUCAAUUUCCCAUCAAGUGGACCAUGGCCUUGGUCAGCGACAACAAGCGCAGCCCGCAGUUGAACAAGAUAAAGGUUAGGGUGGGCGGCGGCGGCAGCGGUGGCGGCGUGACGGCCAGCGAUUCAGACGCCAGCGUCGAGACGAACAGCCUGAGCGCUGACAGCGGGGCCGAUCAGACGACACAGACGGCGGUGCCCGGCGGCGGCGCUUCCGGCACCAGCACCGACAAGCCGCAACGGAAGAAGAAGGCACGACGCGGAUCCGAAUGGGAGAUCAUGGAGGGCCUCAAGGACGGGCAACGGUUCGAGAACAAGCCGGAUCCGUUCAAUGGUUAUUUGCACAAGAAGAGGAAGUGGCCGCUGAAGGGAUGGCAUAAGCGAUACUUUACAAUCGACAAAGGCAUCCUGGUAUACGGCAAAGGUCCGAACGAGAUUAACAAAGGCAAAAUACACGGCUCCCUCGACAUCGGCCUAUCCGUCAUUUCCACUAAGUCGAAGCGACGCCGCAUCGACAUUGACGCCGAAGAGUUCAUCUACCACCUCAAAGCCAAAACGGAAGAGGCUUUCGGCAGUUGGGUACAUCAACUGACCGCCCAUCGCCUCUAUCGUCAGCACAUUCUCACAUAUGGCACGAAUCUCAGCGCCCUGUUCAGUCCCGGAGAUGGACUCCACAGCAUUCCUAGGACACCGGAGAUGGUCAGUCGCGAUGGCAGUCUGACAAGAGGAUUGAAGGCACCCACGGUAACGGGAGGUCGUUUAAGCAUUUGGCUCCAGGAAUCGUUAGUCAGUUUGGAGCAACAUCAACGCGAUGCCACGGCAAUCGAACAGACAAUCACAAAAAUGACGAGGCUGUUGCAACAGAUCGAGGCUAGCACCAUUGCACUUAACGAGAGUGCAAACGAGGCGUUAUCGCCGUGCGUGAAAAAGGACAGGAGGAAGUUUGGAUUGAAAAAGAAAAAGUCGUCGAAGGGCGGCAGCGUCGAUCUAACGAUACAAUUUAGCACUAACAAGUCCUCAACCGGCACUGAUACCGAUAAUACGUCUCCCCUUUCGGCAAAUUCAUUUUCUGGUCUGUCCACCUCGCCCCAACAACUUAACUCCAUAAAUUCGACUACGUUACCGGUGCCAGCAAAUGCCACAAUUCCCACUCCGGAUAGUCUUAGCAAUGUUGAUGUAAUUUCCCUUUCGACUGAAAACCAAUUACGAGAAGACUUCAUUAAUAUAGCAAAAACUGCACUGGGUAGUUUGAAAACGCUGUUAUUCAGCCUAAGCACAGAAAGAGAACGUCUCAAAGCCGCCGUUGAAGCCGAAGUACCAGCCACUGCAGCCAGUCAGAGCGUGGUCAAUUUGAAAAACUACCUGAACCUCGUGCUCCAGCAGAAUACCGAAUUGAAAGGCCGUCUGUUAACGAUACACGAGGCCAGCGAUGUAACCGACCUGUCCUCCUUGGAACAACUGUCCGAGAACCACCGGCCCUAUAACGCUUCCCUAAGCUAUAGUUCAUCGUGCGUGAGCGCGACCGAAUUUUUCGACGCAGAAGACCUGCCCGCUGAGAAGAACAGCGCUGCGGACAAAAGUGGCACUAACGCCGCAAGUGCACCUCAAUCGGCGCGGCGUCAACAGCAACAGCGACUCGAUUACGGCGGUGAUUCCCAGGACCAGGCGGCCACGCCCAUCGGUGGAAUUGGCGGUGAGAAGGAGGUCCAGGACGAGGAGUCGGAAGUUAGGACACGUUCUGAAAGUAGUUCGGAGGCUGGUUCUCUGUCCAGUGGUGAGGGCAGCAUCAGUUCUGAAUCGGAGUUGGGCGCCGAGCUCAUGCCGCCAAGUAAUCUGGAGUUCGGGAAUCAGGGGCUGACGGGUCGCAGGACAGUUCUUCCCGCGCCUCGUCCGUUGACGGAAGGACUGUCUUUGUGGAACUUGUUGAGUCGCAACAUCGGCAAGGACCUGUCGCAAAUCAGCAUGCCGGUGGCGCUAAACGAACCUCUAAACGUGUUGCAGCGUCUCUGCGAGGAACUCGAAUAUUCUGAUUUGUUGGAUCGGGCAUCGGGCGUGGACGAUCCGUACGAGAGAAUGGUGGAGGUGGCGGCGUUUGCAGUUUCGUCGUACGCAAGCACGUUGACUAGAGCUGGAAAUAAGCCGUUCAAUCCCCUAUUAGGCGAGACCUACGAAUGCAUACGGGAGGAUAAAGGCUUCAGGUUUCUAGCGGAACAGGUAUCACACCAUCCGCCUGUAAGCGCAUGCCAUGCCGAAAGCACAAACUUCACUUUCUGGCAAGAUGCCCGUGUCAAAACGAAGUUCUGGGGCAAGAGCAUGGAGUUUCAACCGCUGGGCCGGGUACACGUCCUGCUACCUAAAACCGGUGACUUGUACUCUUGGAACAAAGUUACGACGUGCGUUCACAACUUGUUCAGCGGCCAACGCUGGGUUGAUCAGUACGGCGAACUGAAAAUCACCAAUGGCCGUAUCACGUGCAAGCUGACCUUCAAUAAGGCCAGCUAUUGGUCUGCCAAACGCCAUGAGGUGGUUGGAGCUGUUUUUGAUGAAAACGACCGUCCCGUCAGACGACUUUUUGGAAAGUGGUCUGAAGCUUUGUAUUGUGGAGUGGCGCCAUCUGCCCGAUGCAUUUGGAGAGCAGGAAACUUGCCAUCAGCACACGAACGUUACUACGGAUUCACAAGGUUUGCCAUUGAACUGAACGAGCUCGGCCCAGACCAGCAUCUGCUGCCGCCCACCGACACGCGCUUCCGGCCGGACCAGCGAGCUCUGGAAGAGGGCGACCUCACCACCGCGGAAAAUCUGAAACUGCAGUUGGAAGGGGCGCAGCGCGAGAGGCGGAAGCGACGCGAGGAACUGCGUUUGCCGUACGAGCCCAGGUGGUUCAGUAAUCCACGCGACGACACCUGGGAAUAUAACGGUAAAUAUUGGGAGACACGUCGCAAUCCCGGAUUUGACAAGUUACAGUUCGAGUCAUUGUGGUGAGUCGUGUCGCCCUUAAAGUGUGUGCACGUGUAUACCGUACGUUCCGCCAGGUGCGCACCGCCGCGGACAUGGGUAAGUCAGGUGGAGGAUAUUGCUUCGGGAGAUGGAGUUCGGUUCGAUGCAGUGGUUUUGAAAUUAGAAGUGCAAUAAACACUAUGGCCGAUGGUCUUGUGGAUGAAAUAUGAAAGAUAUUCUUUAUAUAGUAUGUAGGUAGCCUUAGAGAAACAAUCUCUAUUUUUCCCAUGCAUAAACUGGAUGAAAAAUGCAAGGCAGUAGUGUAAAAAUAAUACAAAUUAUGUUAAAAAAGACAAUCAAAAUCGAAGACGUGGAAUGUUUGAAAAUUUUGUGAUUAAACCUCCAACUCCAAAGCUCGACCUAAGAAGGCUUUUGCCUUCGCUUUAACUGUCCCCCAUAUUUUUUUCCCAGUUUAUAAAUGUAUUUUAUUUGUAUUUUUUAAUUGUAAAUUAAAAGUAAAUAAAUAUAAGUGAUCAAUUAACUCGAAUUCCUUGUCAAAUGCCAUGCUUUUUACGUAUAUAACGGUUAUACAGAAAAGUUGAAUAGACUCAUACAAUAAUUUUUUUUGUAUAUUUGACUAUAAUACAUAACUAUGUGAGGCUUUUUAUAUUGUUUAUAUAUCUUUGCUUUUCGAUUAUCCUCCAAGUCAAUUAAAACCAGUGCAACAGAGAGUUAAUAUAUUGGCUCAUUAUUGUCCCAAUAUAUUAGUCACUGUUUAGUCAAUUCAAAUUUAAAGGAUAAUCGAAUAUCAAAGGGUUCAACGGCUGUAAAAGCAUUGCGGCCUAGCCAAAACACCAAUCAUUUUUUACCUUAAUCAAUUUAUGCAGGUUCCUUUUUAAUAAUAAAUAAUAUAAAAUGACUCGCCAAUUUAGCAAUAAUUGUUACGUUGUGAUCCACAACUCUCUCUCGAAUAAGCUAUUCGCCUCCUAAUAAUGUUAAUACAACAAGGUAGCCUAAAAAUACGGUUAUGGAAUUAAUAAUUAAUCAGAAAAUUGUAUUUGGUGAUUGUACUAAUACGAAAGGCCAUAGCGAGUCAGAGUUGAGAACACAACGAAAUUAUAAAUUUCAAAAAUAUAAUAACCAUCUAUACCCUAUGAUAAGGUAGCGUUAGAAUUGUGGCAUUUUAGUUAGAUAGAAAAAAUAAAAGAUCUAUUUGAAAAUUUUCGAUAUGUACUGUUAACUACUUGAAUGAAGAAAAUCCACUUUAUAUCUAGUCACUAAUUGUUUAAAUAAAUUUUUAAAAAAACUUGUAUUGUUAUUGUUGUAUUUUAAUAUUUAUUUUUAUGUUAAAUAAAUUCAGCUUCUCAGAUCAUUAUUAAAGUGUCUUUUUAGAACCUAAACAGUGAGUAUAUUAUCUGUAAAAUUGAACACUGCAAAUUUCUUUUGAUGCAUAUUACAUUAAAAUGUCUAGAAUAUUUUUUAAAUAAUAGUAAUAUCAUAAAUACAAUUUGCAGUGUACCAGUUUCCUGUUUAGGAUCAUAUUUUUAAGGUUUCUAGAACAAAUUAGCCUGAAAAGUCAAUGAUAAAUGACAAUAAACUAUUGCUAUCUAUAAUGCCAAUUAUUGGAUUGCUUUUUUAUUAAUCAUUACUCCUAUCAUUUGAAUAUUGUGUUUUGUAUCUUUUUUUAUUGUAAAAGGCUCUUUAAAAAGGUGAAGGUUAAAUAAAAGUAUUUAAAGUUA